GAGCAUCUCAACGAUGACCUAUGAUGCAGUCGUGCAGGAGAGUCUCCCAUCCUUUGACACAGGGAAUGAAAACAUUAAAGCUUCACAAUGGAGAUCCGGCACGUCUUCCAUCUUUGACCUUGAGCAUCAACAAGGGUGCAACAGCCUUCUUAUCAAUUGAAAGCAGACACAACAGACAAUAUUGUUCACAACUCUACAGAUCCAUAUCGAUCUAGCUCAAAUACCCUUCCAUAACAUCGUUGCUAACAACUUCCCCAAAAGGGGCUUUCCAAGUCACUUAACUGUGAUCACCACAAUCCCUCAGUAAUGGUCUACUGGCCCCAAGAACUCUCUCGCGCCACAGCCAGGAGCUUCAACACCCAUGUCUAUACUCCCCCUAGCGCUGCUAGACCAUCUGUGGCCGACUGGUGGAUUUGCUGUGCCUGUGGCUCGGAGAACAACCCUGCAUUGAGCUCCGGCCGAUGCACAGUUUUGUAACCACGCAGCUUGUCAUUCCUGUCAACAAGCAUAGCCGUGCUCAGUAUGGGGUCAAUCCACGGUUUUGCUCUACAUGGCUUGACGAUACACUCAUCCAUCCGCAUAGGAAUGUGAUCCUCCUACACCCCUCACCUCUGAUCACAUCCUCCAUGGCAUGUACAAUGCGUCUCCAACCUCAAAUUCUACUUCUGCUACACAGGUGGCAUUCAUGUAUUAUCGCAACUUUCUCUGGGGAUGUCUUCCUCUUUAGCAUUUAUACGUUCUG